AUGAGAAAGUCCUUGAGGGGGAGGAAGGGGGGGGAGGCGUACCAGACAUAUGCCCAGUCCGAGAGCUGCUGGCGGGGCCACGACUCCGUGAAGCUGAUCAAGUUCGCGGACGACACCGCCCUCAUUGGACUCAUCUCCAACAACGAUGAGUCCGCCUACAGGAGGGAGGUGGACCGGCUGGUGUCCUGGUGCAGUGGUAACAACCUGGAGCUGAACGCCCAGAAGACAGUGGAGAUGAUUGUGGACUUCAGGAAGAGCACUGUCCCCCCACCCCCACCCUCCGUGAUGGACUCCCCCAUCACCUCUGUGGAGUCCUUCCGUUUCCUGGGCACCACCAUCACCCAGGACCUCAAGUGGGAGCCGACCAUCAGCUCCCUCAUCAAGAAGGCCCAGCAGAGGAUGUACUUCCUGCGGCAGCUCAGGAAAGCCAAGCUGCCUGCACAGAUGUUGGUGCAGUUCUACACGGCCAUCAUCGAGUCCAUCCUCACCUCCUCCGUCACCGUGUGGUUCGCUGGAGCCACAGUCAGGGACAAACAGAGACUACAGCACAUUGUGCGCUCUGCAGAGGAAGUGAUCGGCCGCAGCCUUCCAUCGCUGCAGGACCUAGUCGCUGAUGCUAAUAUCCGUCCGCAGAAACACGAGCAGGAGGUGAUCCAUGAUGGCGGCCGCGGUCCAUACGUCUUUCUGUCGACGCCGCAUACUAUCGGCGCCGGGCUGUCGAUACGAGACACGCCAAGACUGGAUGCUCUUGUGUUGGGUCCAGGGCUUGUCUCAGGGCCCCUGAUCGACCGGCAGAUGGCUCCUGACAAAGGCCUGGUGCCGUGGAGCCGGCCGGGCCCCUGCACACACGAUUACCCCUGA